AUGGUUGGACCUCUCGGUGUGUGGAUACGAUGGUUCUUAGCGAAAAAACUCAAUGGGCAGGGCCUGGGGAAAAAUGGCUUCUUGAAAUGGCUGCCAUUCGGUACUUUGACAGCAAAUGUCUCUGCAGCUUGUGUUAUGGCCCUUUUCGCCAUACUUAAGAAAGCGGUGAAUACCCAGAAUUUCGAUACAGUUGCAGGAGGGAUACAGCUCGGACUUAUGGGUUGCUUGAGCACGGUUUCAACUUUCAUUGCUGAGUUCCAUAACAUGAGAGAAAGCGAUCAGCCCUGGAGAGCCUACGCGUAUGCCAUGGUUACAAUUCUUGCGUCGUUCAUUCUAGGCACUCUUAUAUACUCUAUACCUUUCUGGAUCAAUGAUUAUGAUUGA